AGAAAAUAAAGAAAGUAAAGUAAAUGAAUAUAGUGGAGAACCUGAGCCUAACAAAGUAUUACAUUUUGAAAGCAUAUGUACUACCGAAAAAAAUGAAAUUCCAGAGCCUAAUAGGAAAAAACAACUUUUAACUGAACAGGGGAGUGAGAUUAUUUGCGAAAAUGCCAAAAAAAUAAAUGGUAUAUACUUAUAGAUAUUGAUAUAAUACAGACGGUA